UAAACGUGUUUUUGCAUCGUAGCGUCACUUUGUGUACAAAACGCUUCAUUUGAAGGGCGGCACGAAUUCUUUAGGGAAAAAUUCGAAAAACGAAGAGAUGAACUAGAUUUGGAUUGCGAUUUGAUUCCGCUGCAAGUUUCAAGCCUAAUUUCAUAGAAUGGCAUCCAGAAGAACAUAUACAACCAACAAUCAGGAAGACGGUGACUACGUUUUCCUGACAUCAGGAUUUACCGAGCAAAUUCCUCGACCUACAACAUUCAACUUUAAUCAAGAAGACAACGUAAUCGUAGCAGAAAGGCAGCACCCGCCAUUUACUAGGACAAGCAGUUUCGAAAGAAGCGGGCCCCAUAGCCCUGUGUACGCUACAGAUCCUAGAUCAAUAGAUAGCAACAUGCCUUAUACGACUGUAGAUGAGUAUACGACCACGUACACUAGAAUCACAAGAAGUACUGAGAACCUGGAUAGAUUACCAAAGGGUGAUGAACAAAGACUAAUUGAUUUUGACGAGUUUGAAAGUUUGGAUGGGAGUAAAAGAACGCACAGUUUCACGUUCGAUGAACUGGGAAAUGACUUGUUAAGUCAAGGAAUUGGUUCCGAUAUACUUGAGUCCACAGACAGAAGUCCCUUCAGGACGCCAAGGAGAUCAAAAAGUCUAACUUCAUUCCAUGAUGAUGAAGAUCAGGAUUAUGGGUUCGUAGCUGCGCCACGAGCUAAACCUGCAAAGCUCGGACGUCUAGGACGCAGCUAUACUAGUGGAGGCAACGUGCUGAAGUCUGUCGAGAAAUGGGAAACAGGGCAAAGAGAAGCCGUAGAAGGGGUCGAAGAGCGACGCCUGUUGAGAAGUAAGUCUGAGAGGGCCCUAAAUGGAAGAGAGAGACAAAUAUCUCCAGAAACUGAAAACACUUUGAUGCGCGCACAGAGCUGGAAGGAUGUAGAUGGAAAUGGUCGAAGGAGUAAUAAUGUGCAGUAUGUUGGCACGGAAAGGCAAGAAGAAUGGAGAAAAGGUAGACAAGAGCAGGUGGAUUCGCAGACGUAUAAACAUUACAUAUCAGAGUUUCAGGGAACGGAAAGUCAAAACAGAAUUCGUGGUAUAUCUCCACAUCACAGUGAAAAUGGGAAAAAGAGGUCGCCAUAUAGAAUUCCGACAAGCCCACCCGCUUCAGAAUUCCUCUUUCCAGCCUUCCAAUUGGCUUAA